AUCUUUUCUUUUUAAACGCCAUAACUGCUUUAUUUACGUCACACCAUUGACCAUUGUCAAAAUUGCUCUCAAAUUCCAAACUUCAUCAAGUUCAUUAACUUGAUGGAAGUGAUAAAGGAUAAAACUGAUUUACUAUAAUAAUAUUUGAAUUAAAAAUAUAAUGACAAUGCGUAGUAUGUUAUCGAGAUAACGAAUUAAUAACAUUAACAUGAAAGAAAUAAUGAGGAAAAGGAAGCGUCGUAAACGGCACGUAAUUUGUAUGGCGUCAGACUUUUUCUUCCCCAACACUGGUGGCGUCGAGGAACACAUAUUCAAUUUGUCUCAGUGCUUGAUCAAAGAGGGCCACAAAGUUAUAGUAAUUACUCAUUCCUAUGGAGAGCGCACCGGCGUUCGCUACAUGACCGGAGGACUUAAGGUUUACUACUUGCCUGUAAAGGUUAUGUAUGCCCAGUGCAUACUUCCAACCAUGAUUUGCAAUCUAGCCCUCAUCCGUUACAUUCUCAUCAGGGAAAGAAUUGAAAUAGUUCAUGGACACUCUGCUUUUAGUGUUAUGGGUCAUGAGGUAUCUAUUAUAGGAAAAUUGUUAGGAUUGAAAACAGUAUUUACAGAUCACAGUCUGUUUGGCUUUGCUGAUACAUCUGCAGUAUUAACUAAUAAGUAUUUGCAAAUGUGUUUGUGUGAGUGUGACCAUUGUAUUUGCGUUUCACACACAGGAAAGGAAAACACAGUGCUAAGAGCUAAAGUUAAAGCCCACAAAGUGUCAGUUAUUCCUAAUGCGGUAGAUACAUAUAACUUUACCCCGGACCCAAGCAAAAGGGAUCCAAAUAUGAUAACCAUAGUCAUAGUGUCAAGGAUGGUGUACAGAAAAGGUGUGGAUUUGAUGGCAGCAGUUAUAGCAGAAAUGUGUCCCAGGUAUCCUAAACUUAGAUUUAUUAUUGGAGGUGAUGGGCCUAAGAUGUGGUUGCUGCAAGAAGUCAGGGAAAGAAAAGGUUUUCAAGACUGUGUCACAUUACUGGGAAGCUUAAAACAUUCUCAAGUGAGAAAUGUACUUGUGAAAGGGGACAUUUUCUUGAACACCUCUUUGACUGAGGCAUACUGCAUGGCUAUUGUAGAAGCUGCAUCAUGUGGGCUCAAAGUGGUCUCCACUAAAGUUGGAGGUAUUCCAGAAGUAUUACCAAAUAACAUGAUCUAUCUCACCGAACCUAAUGUUGCCAGCCUUGUUGAGGGCAUAGAACUGGCUAUGACUGACAUAAGCAAUGGUCAAGUUAUUUGCCCUUUUGAGUGCAAUAAGAUGGUUAGAAACAUGUACAAUUGGAUGGAUAUCACUAGGAGAACAGAGAUAGUUUAUGACAAAAUAUUACAGAACAGAAAUAAGCCAUUAGGAGAACAACUGAAGAGCUAUCUCUCUUGUGGUGUGUGGCCAUUCCUGUUGGUUAUAAGUCUCAUGUAUAUAUUACUUCAGUUAAUUGAAAGGGUACAUAAGAGAAAGCACAUAGAUAUAGCUAGGGAUUUAAAAUUGUAGACAAUUAUAAAUAGUUAAAAACCAAUUUUUUGGAAUGAUUUAUUUAUAAUACUCAAAGUAGUGGAAAUUAAUUAUGAUGACCCACUACCUAAUAGUGGACACAUUUGAUAAUUAAGUAUAAAAUAAUAAUUUCAAUAAAUAACAGUUGGACAAAUAGCACUUUCGAACAAUGAUUGUUAUUUAUUUAUAACAUGGUGCAUCCAUUAACAUUAUCUAUAUUUAUAUAAUUUUAGGUUAUUCAACCAGAGACUGAUUACAGUAAAGUAUUAGGCUAGCUCACUGUUGAUUCAGGCCCUGAAAAAAAAUAUCAGAAAAUGAAAAGGCAAUCAAAUGCUUAAUACCUCUCGCAUUUAAUGAUGGUUGUCACUAUAACAGUUCAUAUAUGGAUAAAUUAAUGUCCUGAAUUUAAUUUAUUUAAAAAUGUAACAUUAGAGUAAUAAAGACAGGUAAAAACAUAUUUCUUCAAUAGUUUUAUUAUAUAAGUCCAACCAAAAGAGAUGUGAAGGAACUGUCAUAGUGAUACCCAUCAUUCAAUGCGAGAUGUAGAACCCUGUACCAAUAGUAUUGGAAUGUAAGUCAUAUACAAUUACAAAGGGUUAAAGGAAACUAGGGCUGCACCAAACUGUACAUGAAAGAUGUUUAUAUUACUGUUUAAUAUCAUUCAAAGGGUGUAUUUAUUGCUUUAAGUAUUUAUUUUAAGGUGUAUGUUGGCAGAAUAAAAUAAUAUUUUAUGAA